GCAGAGUGUUGUCACAAGAUCAGCACAUCGGUAACUAUUACGGCAAGACCAGUGCACACUUGUAAAAUGAGAGCGGCAGCGGCUGCGGUUGCAGUGGCGCUGCUGUUGCUGCAGGUGGCGGCGGUCGCAGCAGCACCCAGGAACGCCGGCUGUCUGUCCUCCGGAGAUCCCCGCUGUUGGCGCUCACACACAGGUACCGAUGAGCAGCAUCACGCUCUUGGGACACCAGACACUCAGAAAUCGUCGCUUACUCCGUCAAAGGUUGAGAAUGACAACACAUGGCUACAUUCUGAACAAGAGGAUGCUGAACAUGGAAGAAGUGAGCAACACUCAGUACAAAAUGUAAAGAAGAAACCUUUAUAUGGCUGGUCUAGUCUCAUAAAAGCUAUAAUUCAGGAGAAAGAAAACAGAAGCAGAAGCGAAGAAGAUGACAGCAGCGACAGUAGUAGCAAUGACAGCAGUGACAGCAGCGGAAGUGACAAUGAAAAUGCUAGUGGUGAUAACAGCGACAGCAAUGAAAGUGAUGGAGAUGAUAGUGACAGCAGUAGUAGUGAUGAGGAAAAUACUAGUGGUAAUAACAGUGGCAGUAAUGACAGUGAUGAAGAUGACAGUAGUAAUGAUGAAGAAAAUACUAGUGGUAAUAACAGUGGCAGCAAUGAGAAUGAUGAAGACGACAGUAACAGUAGCAACAGCAGUAGUAACGAUGAUGAAAACAACAGUGGUAAUCACGGUGGCAGUAAUGACAGUGAUGAAGAUCACAGUGGUAAUGAUGAUGAAAAUACUAGUGGUAAUAACAGUGGCAGCAAUGAGAGUGAUGAAGAUGACAGUGGCAAUAGCAACAGCAGUAGUAACGAUGAUGAAAACAACAGUGGUAAUAACAGUCAGAGUAAUGAGGAUGACAGUGACAGUGGAAAUGGUGGUGGAGGCGAUAGUGGAGAUGGAGGCAAUGGUGGAGAUGGAGGUGAUGGUGGAGAUGGAGGCGAUGGAGGCGACAGUGGAGACGGAGGCGAUGGUGGAAAUGGAGGCGAUGGUGGAGGCGGUGGCGAUGGAGGCGAUGGUGGAGAUGGUGGCGAUGGAGGUGAUGGUGGAGAUGGAGGCAAUGGAGGAGACGGAGGUGAUGGAGGAGAUGGAGGCAAUGGAGGAGAUGGAGGCGAUGGAGGAGAUGGAGGCAAUGGUGGAGAUGGUGGCGAUGCUGGAGACGGAGGUGAUGGUGGAAAUGGAGGUGAUGGUGGAAACGGAGGUGAUGGUGGAGAUGGAGGCGAUGGUGGAGACGGAGGCGAUGCUGGUGAUGGUGGUGAUGGUGGAAAUGGAGGUAAUGGUGGAGACGGAGGCGAUGGUGGAGACGGAGGUGAUGGUGGAAAUGGUGGUGAUGGAGGUGAUGCUGGAGAUGGAGGCGACGGUGGAGACGGAGGCAAUGGAGGCGAUGGAGGAGAUGGAGGCGAUGGAGGAGGUGGAGGCGAUGGUGGAGAUGGAGGUGAUGGUGGAGACGGAGGGGAUGGUGGAGACGGAGGCGAUGGUGGAGACGGAGGCGAUGGUGGAGAUGGAGGCGAUGGUGGAGACGGAGGCGAUGGUGGAAAUGGAGGCGAUGGUGGAGACGGUGGCGAUGGAGGCGAUGGUGGAGAUGGUGGCGAUGGAGGUGAUGGUGGAGAUGGAGGCAAUGGAGGAGACGGAGGUGAUGGAGGAGAUGGAGGCAAUGGAGGAGAUGGAGGCGAUGGAGGAGAUGGAGGCGAUGGUGGAGAUGGUGGCGAUGCUGGAGACGGAGGUGAUGGUGGAAAUGGAGGUGAUGGUGGAGACGGAGGUGAUGGUGGAGAUGGAGGCGAUGGUGGAGACGGAGGCGAUGCUGGUGAUGGUGGUGAUGGUGGAAAUGGAGGUAAUGGUGGAGACGGAGGCGAUGGUGGAGACGGAGGUGAUGGUGGAAAUGGUGGUAAUGGAGGUGAUGCUGGAGAUGGAGGCGACGGUGGAGACGGAGGCAAUGGAGGCGAUGGAGGAGAUGGAGGCGAUGGAGGAGGUGGAGGCGAUGGUGGAGAUGGAGGUGAUGGUGGAGACGGAGGGGAUGGUGGAGACGGAGGCGAUGGUGGAGACGGAGGCGAUGGUGGAGAUGGAGGCGAUGGUGGAGACGGAGGCGAUGGUGGAAAUGGAGGCGAUGGUGGAAAUGGAGGUAAUGGUGGAGAAGGAGGCGGUGGUGGAGACGGAGGCGAUGGAGAUGGUGGUGAUGGAGGUGAUGCUGGAGAUGGAGGCGAUGGUGGAGACGGAGGCAAUGGAGGAGACGGAGGCGAUGGAGGAGACGGAGGCAAUGGAGGAGAUGGAGGCGAUGGAGGAGAUGGAGGCGAUGGAGGAGACGGAGGCGAUGCUGGAGAUGGAGGUGGUGGUGGAGACGGAGGUGAUGGUGGAGACGGAGGUGAUGGUGGAGAUGGAGGUGAUGGUGGAGAUGGUGGUGAUGGAGGUGAUGCUGGAGAUGGAGGCGAUGGUGGAGAUGGAGGCAAUGGUGGAGAUGCAGGCAAUGGUGGAAACGGAGGCGAUGGUGGAGAUGGAGGUGAUGGUGGAGAUGGAGGCAAUGGUGGAGAUGGAGGUGAUGGUGGAGAUGGAGGCGAUGGUGGAGAUGGAGAUGAUGGUAGUGAUGGAGGUGAUGGAAAUGGUGAAGGCAGUGGUGGUAAUGAUGACAAUGGUCAGUCUGAUAAUGAAAGUGGCAAUGAUAAUGGAGGCAGUACUACAGAAGGUAAUAUUGGUGAUUGCCCUGCUGUGGGAAGUUGCCCAUUACACGAAGAUGCCGGAUCGGAUGUUACUUUGCUGCCACAUGCAACUGACUGUGGAAAGUACUGUGCAUGUGAGCAUGGUAUUCCAGUAACCAUGCCUUGUCCUGCUGGACUCUAUUUCAACCCAGAACUGAGAGUCUGUGAUUGGCCUUGGGCUGCAGGCUGUAAGGCACCUACCCACCUUGGGAGUAUAGCAUACUUCUUGUUACAAAUCUUACGCCGACAUCAUUAAUGGAUUCCACUCUAUACAUCAACAUAAUCUGAUGCAGAUAUACUAUUACAGGAGAAUGUAGCAGCUGUAACUAAUAUAUUGUUUUACAGUCAAUAUUUAUUGUACUUUGAGCACAAAUAAAUUUUUUAUACAGUGAACAGACUUAUUUGUUUGUUCGAAUUGGAAAUAAAGUAUCCUUAGCACAGCUUGAAGUAACUCUCCAAACUUUUAUCUAUUCAAUAAAUCCAU